AUGAAGUUAUCCUUCGUCUUUCCUGUCCUACUGCUGGGCGGUGUCCCCGUGGUCGCGCGACCCCCAUUAAGGCCCCCGGCUCCGCGGAGUUUGCGAGGACACAAUGCCUCGAUCAGCACACCGCUUUGUCCCGAACAAGCAGCAGAUGCAAUUGUCGCCCCCAAGGAGAAUGUCUGGCACGGUCUCUCACACGAGGAGAAUACAGCAGUGGUGCAAUGGUUGUUCCGUCAGCCUGAGCUCAACCUGACCAUCUUUGAGAAAGCGGACUCGUGGGAUAACACGAUAUCCUGGGUCGAGCUGAUGUAUCCCAAUAAGAGCGAUGUCGUACGGUAUCUCGACGAGCACGACGAGAUGCCUCCACGGUAUGCGCGGGUCAUGCUCAACAACCGCGCCUCGGAGGACGCCUACUACCAGGAUAUCCUGGUCGGGCCGCUGCCUAUCCAGCCUGCGACGGGCUGGACGCCGCUCGAGUUCCCCAUGACGCGAAAGACGCAGGGAAAGGUGCGUAAUCUGAACCCGGACCCGGCGCUGCACCAGCGAUGGAUGUUCAAUGUCAGCGCCUCGAUUGCCGACAUCACGUGGGAUCUCUGGAACGGCACUGCGUUGGGAUUGGACAAUGAUACCCUGGUUCUCUGGGGCGUUGACCCCAUGUGGCAAGAGAAAGACGGCCGGGUCCUGCGCUGGGAUAUGUACUGGAACCGGCCCACCAGCGACGACGUGGACGAUGCCGGUUCCCUGCUCCCGCUGGGGCUGUAUUUGAAGAGUGACGUGACCGGCCGCGACCCGACACAGUGGCGGGUGCUGGGUUGGCUGUAUAACGACAUCUUCUACGAGACCACCGAGGCCUUCCGUGCCGCCUACUUCACACCGGGCUUCGUUAAGCUGGGCGCCAACGUCGACGGCGACUGGGCGCUCACCCACCCCCAGGGACCCCCGCUACCCCGUGAUGACCGCGAGCCCCCCGCCGCGGUGGUGCCGGGGGGCAGCCGCUUCGGCGUGGAUCAUAAGCGCCAGUACAUCUCGUGGAUGGACUUCUCCUUCUACGUGGGGUUCUCGCGCGACACGGGGCUCUCCCUGUUCGAUGUACGCUUCCGCGGGCAGCGCAUCCUGUAUGAACUGGGCUUGCAGGAGGCGCUAGCGCACUACGCGGGCAAUGACCCUGUGUCGUCCGGCACGGCCUUCCUCGACUCCUUCUACGGGUUCGGACCUUACUCAUUCGAGCUGAUCAAGGGCCACGACUGCCCGGCCUACGCCACGUACCUCAACACCACGUUCCACGCCAACGACAAGACGCGCACGCAUAUCAACAGUUUGUGCCUGUUCGAGUACCAGUCGGACAGCGCCAUGCGGCGCCAUAACAGCGGCAGCGCCGUUAGCAGCACGCGCAACGUCUAUCUAACGCUACGGUCGGUGGCGACGGUGGGCAACUACGACUACACCUUCAGCUACACCUUCUACCUGGACGGCACUAUGGGGGUGGAAGUGAAGGCGUCGGGCUACGUCCAGGCGGCCUUCUACGCACACAAUGAGGAGUACGGAUACCGCAUCCGCGACGCACUAUCCGGGUCGAUGCACGACCACGUCAUGAGCUUCAAGGCCGACUUCGACAUCCUGGGCACGGAUAACAGCGUCGAGUUGACCUCGAUGGUGCCCGUGACGCAGUCGUACGUCUGGUCCGAACGGCCGCGGCACACGAUGAAGCUACGGCGGUUACUGGUGGGCAGCGAGGACGAGGGGCGCCUGUUCUGGGAAGGGGGUACGCAGGUGCACGUCAUCAACCAGGACCAGCGCAACCGAUACGGCGAGUUCCGCGGAUAUCACGUCCUCCCGGCAGGCACGACGCAUCUGACGGUGCGCAACUCCAGCACACUGGUGCAUGCGGCGCGCUGGGCCGAGUACGACGUGCAGAUCACGCGGCAGCACGACUGGGAGCCACGGGGGGCGCAUGCCUACAACAACCAGGACGUGCACGACCCGCCGGUGGACUUUUCGCGGUUCUUCGAUGGCGAGAGCCUGAACCAGACAGACCUGGUGCUCUGGCUGAACCUGGGGAUGCAUCAUGUCCCGCACACGGGCGACCUGCCCAACACGGUGAUGACAACGGCGCACGCAGGGCUGCGGUUCACGCCGGUCAACUACCUGCUGGACAAUCCCAGCCGGCGCACACGGCAGGCGGUGCGCAUUCAAUACGGGACUAACACAGAGACGACGGUGGAGAUGUUUGGGCCGAGGCCGGCGCAAUGUGCGGUGAAGACGCCGGCGCAGCAGCUGGAACAGCUCUGGGACUAUCAGGGGGAAGUGGUGGCGCGCAAGUUCCCAUUCAACGCGAACGAUCCGUUUCACCAUACAUAG